UUUAAGAAGUAAAAUUCGUGAUAAGUUUAUAGUAGAGUACAUUAAGAGGAAAGUAAUUGUAUCCGUUGGGGGAAUACAAUACCUUCCAGCCGAGUUUCAAAGAAAAGCCAAGCUCUGGGCCUAUAAAUACCUACCAAACGGCUUAGUUCAGAUUCAGUCAUUGGCGUAAUACUCAGACGAACAUGUCUGCCCUUGGAAAAGCCUUUGUGGGUCUCACGGGAUUCCUGCUCCUGAUGGCCGGAUACAUAUACAUCUUUCGCGACAUGAUGCAGCCUCGCUGUACCAAGCCGUUUGUGCAGAUUGGGAAUCGUUGCUACUUUUUCUCCUCAAACAAGCCCUCUACCUAUGAAUACUACAAAGUGAGCUACAAGAAUCGUGAAUUCAGCGUCCCAGUAAUGAUGGGCUGGAUGCAUGCCAAGUUUGGAUGUGAAACAAUCGACCAGCAGGCCCGACUCAUAACUAUACAAAGUUCCGAGGAAAUGAAACUGAUUGUCGACUUUUUUCAAUAUGGUGAGUCCCAUAUCCACACCCACAAAACCUUCUGGAGCGGCGGCCAUAGGGGUCAACUGAGCGAUCGGAGGGACGUGAACCACAGCACCCUGGUCGACUUUUACUGGCACGACGAUCCGCAUCCCAUGAAGUUCAAGAACUUUGCCCCCAAGAAUCCCCCAAGCAGGACAUUUGAUGAUGGUUUCUGUGUGUUUUUGGAAGUUACACCCCAGAAAGUGGUGGAAAUGGGCGUUGCCGAUUGUAUCAAAAAACUUGCAUUUGCCUGUGAACUGGACAUGAAGUAAGCAAGUG